CCCACCUCGCCACUCGCACUCGUAUCUUCCGUUUCUCUCAAUUCGAACGCUACUCUCGCACCGCUCUCAACCAUGUCUGACGCUCCAGUCGCUGCCGCUCCGGCAACCCCCAAGACUCCUAAGAAGAAGGCUGCAGCCAAGCCCAAGAAGCCCGCCGCUCACCCUCCCACCGCCACCAUGGUCAACGAGGCCAUCAAAUCCCUGAAGGACAAGAAGGGAUCCUCCCUCCAGGCCAUCAAGAAAUACAUCGCCGCCACCUACAAGGUGGAUGCCGACAAACUUGCACCUUUCAUCCGCAAGUACGUCAUCUCCGCCACUGGCUCUGGCAAACUCAUCCUCACCAAGGGUAAAGGCGCCGCCGGAUCCUUCAAGCUCCCAGCCAAGGAAGAGAAGAAGAAGGUAGCCAAGAAACCCGCCAAGCCAAAGGCGGCAAAAGCCAAGAAACCAAAGGCAGCCAAGCCCAAAAAAGCCAAAUCUCCGAAGAAGCCCAAGGCAGCCAAAUCACCGAAGGCCAAGAAAGUCGCCAAGCCACCCACCAAGAAGCCGAAGGCACCGAAACCCAAGAAAGCUGCAGUCAAGAAAAGCCCAAAGAAAGCCGCACCCAAGAAGAAGUAAACAUAUACUCCACCACCCUUCUUCACAACGGCCCUUUUCAGGGCCACCAAA